UGUCCUCCAUGAUUCAUAAUAAAAAUUUAAACUAAGGAAAUCACUAUGUCCCAUUCAGCCAAAGCUUCUACUACAUUGAAAGGCAAAAAACUAGACCUAGUUCAAGAGGAAAAGACCACUGAACUUAUACCAAACAAGAAAAAUAUGUUAGCAGCAUCUGCCAGUCCCCAAACACAGCAAGCACGGAACAAAAGGUCUGUGGUUUCUCCAGACCGAGAACUUGUACCAUCGAAAAAAAAUAAAAAGAAGAAAUCGAAAAAUACUCUUGGCUCGCCACCCGACGAUGGCCCUAUAAUUGCCUCCUUAACCGAAGAAUACAUGAAAGAAAUGCAGAACCAAUUGUUAGAGAAACAAACAGUUAUGAAUAAAGACAGCAAAGCGAAUUUCACCAAUAUAAUUUACAAACACAGAGUCACAUCUAAGGUGACGGCGCCAAUGAAUUCCUUAGCAGAUUUUCAAAUAACACCAACAUUAAAACAGAAAGCAUCACUCAAAGCCUCAAUCGACAAGUAUCCAGUGUUGAAGAAUCAGGAACUAGUAAAUAAAUUCAUGGCAGUACCUAUGACUAAUAAUCAAAAAGGUCGCAUCCGUCAAGUUUUAAGAGAAAUCUUCAAAGGAACCUCAGAGACAUUGUUGCCAGAUGUAAUUAACAAUAGAAUACAGGCAAUAUUGAAAAGUUCACCAAAUCUAACCGACAUUGAUUUACGUAAAAUAAGAAUUUUAUACAACAUGUUGAAGAAAUCAACGGAAAAUAAAGAUUAUACAUUGGAAAUGGAAAUCGAUUCGAAUGAAAAUGAGAAAAAACCUAAAAAACGUAAAAAGGGCGCGAAGAAAGUUAAUGAUGAUAUUAAAAAAGAUUCUCCUAUAGGUUCAAAGCGAUAUGUGCUUUUUAUUGGUAAUUUGCCAUUGGCUGUCACUAAAGAACAGAUUUUGGAUCAUUUCUGGGACCUUAGGGACAGUGUGAAAGACGUUCGCCUUCCGAAGCGCGAUUCAAGCAAGAAGACUGCCAUUGCGUAUAUCGAACUUAUGAACGAACCUAGCUACGAGGUAAUUUCCUGUAUGUGUAUAGUUUACCAUGUUAUCCGUGACAUCAAUAGGGUAAUUUUCAG